UUUAAUCGCAAAAUGUUGGGUUUCGGUAAAGAAAAUAAUAAAAGUAAUAAGAAAAGUGUCAGUUUAUCUCUGCCAAAUCCGCAUUUUUUCUUAACAAUACCGAAACACCGUGGCAGUCUUGCUUCUGAGGCUUUAUCGGAUGUUCCAAGUGAUAUUAUUAUAAAAUCGCGUAUCAAAUAUGGAAGCCGUUGGUCUGCUUGCAAAGGUUUACUCAUGGAGUACUCCAAAAGUACUACAAUACAUGGAAUACGUUACAUUUUUGAAGUUCAUCGUCCAUUUUAUGAGAAAUUAUAUUGGUUUUUCUUGAUUUCUAUAUCUCUGUAUUAUGCUGUUUCGCUUAUGUGGGAUACUUAUCUAAAAUGGCAAGAUUCUCCAGUUAUAUUGGGUUUUGAUGAAACUCUGGUACCAGUACAUAAAAUACCAUUUCCUACAAUUACAGUUUGUCCUGAAAUAAAAACGGAUGCGAAUACUUUUAAUUUUGCAAACGUCUCAAAAAAAUUUUGGGAUGAAAUUGCUGAAACUAAUUCAUUUCAUAAUCAACAAAAUCUCACAGACGAAGAGUUUCGCUUCCGUAUAUGUUAUGUUGAGCAUAAAGUUGCCACAGGUUUCAACGCUAUAUUAGAUAAUAUUAAGCUAGGAGUACAAAUGAACGACUUGGUCAUAAUAACUUGA